AUGGCAGCACCUGGUACAAGACGGAGGAAGCUUAUCGGGCAACGCCGCCGCCUCGAGGACGAGGGUGAGGAUGAUGGCGGUCCAGACGCCCUGGCUGAUCUCGACGACGAUUCGGUAACAGAUGGCUCAAUCGUUAGCGACGAGCACGACCCCGCCGAUGAUAGCGACACGAGUAACAUUGACGAUGCCUCGCCAACCUCACCGAACCUCAAGAAACCCCUUUCUAACGGCAAGCCGAAGCCGGGGUUCCGCCGCCGGACGGGUUCUGAGCCGCUCAGGAGUCCAGCCGCAAAGCCGGUCCAGCCUACAAUUGCGGAUGCCGAGUCUACGCUGAGCCGGCUGUCGUUGGCCGACAAAGAUACUGCGGUGCUGGAUGUUAUUCAGUUCGAUGACGUCCAACAGGCACCAUCUGCGAAGAGCGCCGCCCCAUUGAUCGUGAGCUCGAGUUCUGCCACCCAACAACAGCCACGGUUGCCUCAGCAGGAGAUCAAACGGCGGGAACACGAGGAAUACAAGCGGAAGAGGGACCAAGAUCCAACUUUUGUCCCUAACAGGGGCGCCUUUUUCCUGCAUGAUCACCGGCAUGCGGGCCCGGCUGCGAACGGUUUUCGUCCUUUCCCAAGGGGGGCCCGCGGCCGAGGGCGGGGGGCGUUCGGUAGCCAUUUUGCUCCGAUCAGCCAGGUACACAAUGCCCCGGACCCCGUCGUGAAUGGUCUGUGGAAGCAUGACAUGCACGAGGCUGUCGCCGCCCCUCAAACACCCCGACAAACUCGCUAUCUUCCUCACCAUGAGGGUCCCCCGAAUGGAAACGGUGUUAUUUCGACUGCGCCCACCAGCAAGCUUCCGAUUAAUAGAGCCAUGUCGACUGAGAGGCACAUCGGAAACACCACCAUUCGAGUGUCGAUGCCUGCACUCGGCGCACCUAAAUCAUUUCCCGGCUUUGCGCUAAAACAAUACACCAAGCUGCCUGACCACCGCCCCCCUCUCCGUCGCGACAAGCCUGUUCGGAUUUCUAUCCCUUACCAUGACGCGCCAGUCAUGCCGCGAUAUAUCUUCCCCGCGAGCGACCGUUCCUUCAUCUUCAUUCCAAGGGCUAUGCGACCCAAUCAACAACGGGCGCGCGGCAAAGGCCCGCGGUCCGUGUUGGGGUCCGGUGUUUUCUCACGCUCCACAAGCGUAUGGGGCGGUAGCGCCUACGGAAGCGUGUACUCACCAAGCGUUGCUCUAAGUCGCAGGUCCUCCAUUGCUCCCGAUCUAGGCCGAGAGUUCAUGUUGUCCCCUACAGGCUCUGCUAUUUCGCGACCCCCUCUUCCCACAGACCCAGCCCGGCCCAUCGUCCGUCUACCCCCCAUGGCCCAACCAUCCAUGACAGGCAUGUCCAUGCCGCCAAAGUCGGGUGUCUAUCAGGCGGCAUCGGAGGCUUCCAUCAACGAACUACCACAACCCCAGACACACCCGCUUCCUCAGAAACCGACUUUUCAGGAGACUCGAUCCAACACCAUUCCCAUGCACCAACCCCGGCCGCAGAAAGCCGUCUCGGUUGAGACUAUCGAGCCGCCGAUCCAGCAAGCAUCCCACGCGCCCGGGCCCUACCAGCAGGCCUUCCACCAGCAAGUCCCGCCACAGUUACCUAUUGGGCCUUCUGCACACGACUCUCACGCCCGCCACCCGUCAUAUCACUCUCAGUUUUCGUCUUCCACGCCCCUGUCUCAAAUUCCCGAACGCGCGGUUCACGCAGCCCCGUUCCAGCCCAACACCUACGCACAGCCCACCUACUAUAACCAGCCAUACGCACCGGCGCAGCCACAGCAAGGUUAUUACGCCCAAACGUAUAAUCCCUCGAUGGGACCCAACGCCAACGCCCCAGCUUUUAUCCCAGCAGCGCAACAACAAGCCCCACCGAUCCCCUACCCGCAGCCCGCCCAGAAUGAGGUACCCGGCCCCCCAUACACGGUGCAAGGUGCGGCCCAACAACAAAACAUGGUUGAUACUCGCGAAUCACAGGGCACGGUCUACUACGACUAUUACCAACAAGCCCCACCACCGAUGCCGGGCUUCCCGCCGGCCUAUUCCGGACCCCACUCAUAUGUUACAGGAUCUGGUAUGGGGGGUAUGCCGGGCAUGGGUGGUGCACCGAUGGUGGCUCCAAGCCCGGAUACGUUUUAUUAUCAGCAGCCAGUGGCUUAUUAUCACCCGCAAUAG